ACUGGGGCAGGGGCUCUCCUGAGAAGGUCACCAGGGACAGACUCCAGGGGCUGCUGAGCGAGGGACCAGAGCAGGGAGAGAGUACACCUCAUCACGCCAACAAUACUAUCCAAAGACGGGCACUGCCUUUCUCCUAAUAAGGAAAGUAGGAAGUAACUGAAGAAAAAAAAAAAAAAUUAAGGGAAAUAGAUGACAGAAACUAAAAAGGAUUAAUUUAGAGAGAAUGAAGGCAAGUGGCCUCUGAGCUCAGUUCCAGUUCCCGGAGGCCAGUGGACAUCAGCUGAGCGCCAGGGAGACAACCCAGGCAGGCAGGACAUGUGGCCGCUCCCGGUUCUGUUCCUUCUCAUCAUCCAAGGCCACUUCUCCAAAUGCCAGGAUGGGGUGGUGAGAGGCACAGCAAAAGGCACACUGACCACAUACUGUAUGUAUGGCCAAGGAUGGGAAUCUUACAACAAGUGGUGGUGCCGUGGAGAAAAUUGGAUGUCCUGCAAGAUCCUUGUAAAAACCACCGGGUCAGAGCAACUGGUGAAGAAAGGCAGAGCCUCCAUCCAGGACAAUGCCAGCCAACGCAAAUUCACCAUGACUUUGGAGGAUCUCCGGUACGACGAUGCAGGCACCUACUGGUGUGGGAUUGAGAGAAUCGGCUCAGACCUGGGGUCGAAAUUUUCUGUGAUUAUUGACCCAGAACUGGAUCCAACAGACUCUCCCCAGCCUGUGUCAAGCACCACACCAGCCAGCUGGGACUCCUCACCUCCGUCUACCCAGGUCACCAACAGCAGCCCGCCUGUGACUCCAACCAACCCCAUCAGCAGGGAUCAGGCGGUGUUGCAGCUCCAAGAGAGAUCUGAUCCCCGUCAGGUGGGGACUCCUCUCGUCCUGACCUCAGGCAUAAGCUCUGGCUCCCUCCCUGCUCCGCACAGGUCGGGGAAGAUGGCCUCCUCUGUAGCAGCCAAGAAGCCUCCUGUGUGGACCCUCCUGCUGCCUCUUUUCCUUGUGACCCUGGAGGGGCUCUGCCAAACAUGAUGGACCAUUGCAGCAUGCAGGACUCUGGCCAAUGAUGGGUUUUAAAUUUCCCAACCAACCAGUAACUAUAAAAACCAGAAUUAAACCAAAAAGCUUGAGGGGGUUGCACAUGGCCAGAGACCCCUGAAGGCCAGGUGUACAGAGUCCUGCCGAUCCUACCUACUGCCCCUUCGGUGCCUCCUGGAGUUAGAGUCACCCGAACAUCAUCAGAUGGAAGACAAGGUUCAACCAUCUCCGACCCACAUCCCAUCUGUUCGCUCCAUACCUUUGCUAUUAAAUCUAUGGCUUUUC